AUGCGGCUCAGCGAGAGCAGCUGGUCAUCGAGCGCGAGCGGGCUGCUCGUAGCGCUCAGUAGUCCCAGCUUGCUCAUCUUGUGGACCUAUCUGGCUACGUGCGCAGCGCUGCUGGGGUGGGUGUACAGCAAGGCUUCGUCUGCGUCUGGCGUGUCCAGCAAGCGUUCACCGCUGUGGAAGGCGGGUAGCCUGCUCUCGCUGGCUUCCACGUGGUACUUCAUGCUCGCAUUUCUACGCUAUUCAUACGUAGACUAUGUGAAUAGCAGCCGCACGCUCGAGGCAUCCACCUUGCGACGCCUCAAGGAUUGGCUGGACAAUACGCGUCUGUUCGAACAAGCUUGGCUAAGGGUGGUGCAAGGUCCCCGCGAAUGGUGGUUCUCCUCCGAAAUUUGCGUCAUCACGACAGGUGCUUGGACAUUGUGGAUAAGAGCGAGGCAGCGCCAAGGCAAGCUCAGGUAUGCUGCCGCGUACAUGAUUCUGGGUCAGAUCGUAGCCAUCAGCGUCGCUGCUGCCCUUUCCUUCCUCGCCGUAGCCGAGGAUACUACAGACGCAAGUACAAGCCCAUCAGACGACUCUAGCUCUUCCAGCGCACCUGGAAAGGGGAGACGCCCUCAAGACAAGAGGCAGACCAGCGCAGCAAGCGGGGUGCUGCUUUUGGAAUUGGUCUUCUUUGCGGCUGGGGCAUGGGCAGUGUCUUCGCCUCCUCGAGACUUGCUGCAGAUCCUCACCAUGCACGUCUUUCCUCUUUUUCUCGUCCUUUUACCUCCAAGCGACGCACCUCACUUUACGUUUCUCGCCAUGGGUCUGAGCAUCUACGCUGCCGCUUUGCGCAUUCGAAAUACGUUGGCAGUGUUAACGACGCUUCAAGCACAAGAGACGUUCAUCGAAGCGCUCUGGAACACUUUUUGGGCGCAUCCUGCUCAAGGAAGCAUCUCUUCGGACCAUGUCGCCGUCUCUCUGCUCGUCAGCUCUCGCAUACUCUUGGAGUGUUCGAGCUCGAGCACAAUACGCGCAAAUUGGUCAGGCAUAGCGUUAGCUAGCCUCACGCCGCUACUUUGUCCAGCUUGUACACUCGCCGCAUGGGUCGCCAUUACUCAUGGGUAG